CAGCCUUAGCAUCUCAGCUGUCCUGUCACCUCUACUCUUGUCACUCCUCCACAUUCAAGGAGCAGUUUAUGGUUGGGCUAUCAGUGAGGAGUGAGGGUUCCAUCUCUAUCUCAGGACUUUGGCUGUACAAAUAACCAGGUGAAGAUAAAGGAAUUGCUAGUGGAUUUAUACCUGAAAAUCUCAGGUUCGGAAGCUAAAGGAAAUGUUCAAAAAGAAGAAGAAAGAAGAUGAGCCCCAGCCUCCAAGCCCAGAGACUCAGCCAAAUGGCGAGCUGCCCAACUCGGGCCCAAUCAUUUACUAUAUCUAUGAGUCAGAAGAGGAGGAAGAAGAAGAAGACACUGAACCUCCUCCAGAGCCACCUCGUCCUGUUAAUGACAAACCCCACAAAUUCAAGGAUCACUAUUUGAAGAAACCAAAGUUCUGUGAUGUGUGCGCCAGAAUGAUUGUCUUAAACAACAAGUUUGGAUUACGAUGCAAGAACUGCAAAACUAACAUUCACCAUCAUUGUCAGUCAUACGUGGAAUUCCAGAAAUGUUUCGGGAAGAUACCCCCAGGUUUUCGGCGUGCAUACAGUUCUCCCCUGUACAGCAAUCAACAAUACGCUUGUGUAAAGGAAUUGCUCCCUUUCUCUGCUGCCAACCGCACCGACCCAGUGUUCGACACACUGAGGACUGGAGUUAUCAUGGCAAAUAAGGAAAGAAAAAAGGGACAAGACGACAAGAAAAAUCCUGCUGCUAUGAUGGACGAGGAGCCUGAGCCCCCCAAACCAGAAGAAGGCAAGCAGGAAGGAGAUUCUCCUGAUGGUGACAAGAAAGGUGACAAAAACCCACAGGAUGCAAAGAAUAAGAAGGCACAACCAGGGUUUAUGCAAUCUCAUUAUUUUGUUGCUCUUUACCGGUUUAAAGCACUAGAAAAAGAUGACCUUGAUUUUCAAGCUGGAGACAGAAUUACAGUUGUUGAUGACUCAAAUGAAGAGUGGUGGAGAGGAAAGGUAGGGGAGAAAGCUGGCUUUUUUCCUGCCAACUACAUCAUCCGGGUGCGUGCUGGGGAGAGAGUUUACAAAGUGACUCGGUCAUUUGUUGGAAACAGAGAGAUUGCACAGAUUACACUGAAGAAAGAUCAAAUUGUUGUACAAAAAGGAGAGGAAGUAAACGGUUACAUCAAAGUUCUGACAGGACGUAAGGUGGGGCUUUUUCCUGUUGACUUCCUGCAAGAAAUAUGAAGAAGUGAAAGUUUGGAGAGCUACUAUCUAACAAAACCAGAGAAGCGGAAUGUAAUUCUCAUUAACGUUGUGAAUGCAGCCACUUGAGGGAUGUACUGCUCAGCUGGAGACCAGAGAUGUUAGCCAUUGUUAUCUUUAUGGACACUGAAUUGAGAAAGUUAUUAAAAGAUGUGCUAUUACCAUAGUUCUGUCUGAACUCAGGAUGUCAAUUACUAGAUCAUCCUCCAGUUGUUCACUUGGAAAUAGGUUUCUUCUCAUUGGUCCUUUAGGUUUUGGGGGUUCAGUUUCCACCAGUUUUAAAAAUAAAAAUAUUCUAAUGGAAACUAGUUACCAUAAGAAGUGUUUGAAAUGUGAAUUGUUGGAUUUAGCAUGAUGUGAACUAAAAUUCCAUAGUUUUUUGAUAUAUUUGGAGUACACUUUAUUGACCCCCUGUUCGACAAGAUAUAUCUUGAGGGAACAUAACGAUGACAUGCUAUAGAGGAGUUGUGCUGCUCACUCACCUUGUCCGAAACUCAGUCCCAAGUCAAUUGUAUUCAUGAUCUCUUAUAUACCCACAUGUGUGCAGUCACUAUGUGUUAUGUUACAAUUCCUGUCAUGCUGUGCCCCAAGAACAACGCAGGACUGGACGUACAGCUUUGCCAAAACAUUAAAUCCACAUGUUUCAAGAUCUGAUUAGGCAACUAAAACAUUUUAAUAUUAGCUGUUAAGAACAUCAAAUCUAUGCAAUAUUCAAACUCUAUAUUAACAAUUGCAAAUCCAGAACAAAGUCCUCCAUUUUAUAUAAUUUAUAUAAUGUUGGAAAUUUUUAUGUUUAUUGUUAUUUAUUCUAUGCUAUUUCUGUUGUGUUGUUGAAAUAAGUUGCUGCUCACAUUGUGGUUUGAUUUAAAUAUACAGCAAUACAAUAGACACAUUUCUGCAUUGUCAAACAUUGUUUUACGUUUUCCGGCAAUGGUGUCAAGUGCAAAUAUGUCCUAUAGAUUGCUCUACCUUUAUGUUAAGAUAUGACAAAAUAAUUUAGCCAACUGUCCUGUUUAUAAGGCUGUAGCAAAUAACCUGGAUAAUUUACGUUACUUACUGUAUACUGGAGAUGUUACAGUGAGGAAAACUUCUCAACCUGAUGACAUAUUUGCUACAUUUUUCAUAUCUAUGUUAAAAUAAAGCAUUUUAAAAGGUUA